AUGCACCAUAGCCUGCCUCAUGCGCUUAGCGAUGCGCGGGAAAGCGAGGAUGAGACAAAACGGUACUCAACGCCAUCAGCUACACGCCACGGAUUCUCCCAUAGCAGUCCUUCCUUGAAACUACAUCAUGAGGCGUACACGAUCGCCUGGAUUUGUGCGCUCCACAUUGAGAUGGCAGCUGCUAUGGCUGUACUCGAUGAGCUUCACGGUCCCCUCCACAUCGAUCCUGAUGACAGCAAUACCUAUCAGCUUGGCCACAUUGGCCAGCAUAACGUGGUGAUCGCUUGUCUACCGGCACAGGGAUACGGUACUGUCAAUGCUGCGCUCGUUGUGACGAAUUUAAAGCGAUCAUUUCCCUUCGCGCAUACUGGGCUUAUGAUCGGAAUCGGUGGAGGUGUUCCGAACAUGGGGGAUAUACGCUUGGGGGACGUGGUCGUCGGAACCAGAGUGAUGCAGCAUGACUUUGGAAAGUUUAUCGGCGACGGCCGUAUGAUUACCACGGCAGUGCCCCGAUUACCGCCACUGCGACUUCUUACAGCGGUAUCUGCCCUUCGUGCGGAACAUGAGCUGUUGCCUUCUCGAAUUCCUCAGAUCCUGCAGAAUAAGUUCGCGGGAAAACCUGCAUUUGCUCGACCAACGGCUCCAGAUCGCCUUUUUCGCGCUGACUACGAGCAUGGGGGCUCGCACAUCAACUGCAAUGAGUGUGACUGGUCGAAUCUGGUCCCUCGCUGGGAACGGAGUUCAAGUGAUAUUAGAAUCCAUUAUGGUGGAAUCGCCUCUGGUAAUCAAGUGAUCAAAAAUGGCAUGAUCAGAGAUGCCAUUGCAAAAGCGCAUGACAUCGUCUGCUUUGAAAUGGAGGCUGCUGGUAUUGUGGACUCCUUACCAUGUCUCAUUGUUCGUGGAAUAUGUGAUUACGCCGAUUCCCACAAGAACAAGGAAUGGCAGAGGUUUGCCGCGUCCGCUGCGGCUGCGUACGCUAGAGCACUGAUAGGGCAGUUACCUGUUUCUCGUCCUCGCAUGAGCUUGAGCUCGGGAAUAGAAAUCAAUGACAUUAAACAUAAGGAAAGGCGACAAGGUCUGCUCGAGUCCCUGCAGUUUUCACAAAUGGACGCACGACGAGUGACAAUUGAGAACGCCCAUGCAAGCACAUGCGCAUGGUUCUUCGACCACCCCAAAUUCCACGAAUGGCUCGAUCCGCAAAUGAUAGCUCAUCAUCAUGGAUUGCUUUGGCUAAGUGGGAAGCCAGGAGCUGGAAAAUCAACAAUCAUGAAGUUCACCUACUUGGAGCUGAAAAAGGCCACCAGCCGUGAAAAUUCCCUAAUUGCCUCAUUCUUCUUCAACGCUCGAGGUGACACGUUAGAGAAAACUGUGCAGGGCAUGUUUCGAUCCCUUCUUCUCCAACUGCUUGAGCGGUACCCGUAUCUUCAAGUUGUUCUCGAUGACCCAGACAUUAUACCCCGAGGUCAAAAAACUUGUCCUUGUCUGAAUACGCUGAAAGACCUAUUGUCAAAGGCGAUUCUGACUCUUGGAUCAAAGGGAUUCACGUGCUUCGUUGACGCACUUGACGAAUGCGACGAGCAACAAGCGGUGGACAUGGUUCAGUAUUUUGAAGAUGUGGCUGAGCGCUCGUCUUCCCAGGGCGUCCCGUUCAAGAUCUGCUUUUCGAGCCGUCACUACCCGCACAUUGCGGUCAAACGAGCUAUUCGCCUCACCCUGGAAGAUGAACAAGGUCAUUUUCAAGACCUAAACCUCUAUAUCACAAACCGUCUGAAGAUUGAUGAGAGUCACAUCCUCGAGAAAGUAGGGUCUUUGCUCAUCAAGAAAGCAGCCGGUGUUUUCAUGUGGGUUGUUCUCGUGGUUGAAAUGCUCAACAGAGACUAUCGACGCGGUGGCAUAGUUCUCCAUCAAAAACUCAAAAAGCUGCCGAGCGAUAUAAGUGAGCUCUUUCGCGAUAUUCUGCGACGAGACGGAGACGACGUUGAAGAUUUACGUCUUGGUUUACUGUGGAUUUUGUUUGCGAAGCGACCAUUACAGCUGCAGGAAUUUCGUCAUGCCGUUUGGAGUGGCCUUUCACCCGAAGAGCUCUCAGACGAGGACCAAGACUUCACUAGCGACACGCACUCCAUUGAGUCUAUGAAUAGAUUCGUCAUUGCCUCGACAAAAGGCCUCGCCGAAAUCACAAAGGGCAGCAAGCCCAUCGUGCAAUUUAUCCAUGAAUCGGUUCGAGAUUUUCUCAUGAAGGACCAAGGAUUGAAUCAACUGUGGCCUGAAAUCGGACCAAAUCCAGAAAUCUCAAGCCACCAAGUGUUGCGUGACUCUUGUCAGAAAUACUUGUCACUCGUGUUCGCACGGAUGCCAAACAACUGCGCGAAUUCUCCACGGAGUGAACGUAAAAAAUUGCUACAGCGGUAUCCAUUUUCUGUAUAUGCCUGCUCAUACAUCUUACGCCAUUCCGAUUCAGCAGCCACUUCUCACUCUCAGGAUGGAUUUCUUCAAGGUUUCAACAUUGAUCACUGGGUCAAGUUGAACAACUUCUUAGAAGAGCCGAGUCUGAGGAAGUACCAUUCAGGAUCCCUUGAAUACGUCCUCGCGGAUCUAGGGUGUCCGAACCUCACUCGCGUCUGGCUUUCAAAGCACCCAACCAUUCACCAGAUGUUCCCAACAGAGAGCUUCAAAUACUCACUCUUCGCUGCGUUAGCCAAUGGAAACAAGGAAACCGUGGCAUCUCUUCUUGGAAUUUCCUCACACAUUUACCAUGGAACCGACAUCACCGACGGCGUUAACCCGAGACGAAUUAGCGAGACCUCAAGAGGCUUGACGCCCUUGAUUUGGGCUAUGAAAUGGUGUCAUUUCCAAUUGGCUCGAUUACUUCUAUUGCAAGGCGUUGACCCUAACGACUCUCGACGACGGACUUCGCCCGCAUUAGAUAUUGCUUUGCGAAAACGAAACCAUGACGUUGCAAAGCUGCUUCUUGAAUGUGGAGCGAAUAUGAAUUACGGCCCAGACGAAAAUCCCCUCUUCCUGGCCUGCACCGGUGGCUUCGACGAUGUGGUAUCAUUGUUACUAGAUCACGGGGUCAGCGUUGAGCUACAAAAUUCAUCGUUCGAGACACCUCUGUACUGUGCGUCCAAAAACGGCCACCUCCACACAGUGACCCUAUUGAUAAAAAGAGGUGCGACAAUAAACCAUAGCAGUUCGCGAAGUCUAUACUCGUCGUUGUUGGCUGCAGCGGAACAGGGCAAACCAGAGGUGGCACGAUUUCUCAUACGCAAUGGCGCCGACGUGAAUGCCUGUGACCGUAGUGGCUUCUCACCGUUGACAAAAUCAGCCCAGAGAGGGCACUUGUCCAUUGUCCAGCUGCUACUGGAAGCUGGCGCGGAGGUGAAUUCAGUUGACAAUCAUGGUCUUUGGCCUUUGAUAGUAUCAUGUGAGCAGGGCCAUAUAUCAAUGAUCUGGCUCCUACUUAAGAAUGGCGCGGAUACGGAUGCUCUUUACUACGGAAAAGUUUCACCUCUAGCUAAAGCGUGCCAGCGAGGUCAUAUGUCUGUAGUCCAAACACUACUUGAAACUGGCGCAACAGCGAACAUUCUUGACCCGAAUAGCCGCUCACCUUUGGUCAUUGCAUGCGAACGGGGCCAUCAACCGAUUGUCAACCUACUUCUCGACUACGGCGCAGACAUAAAUUCGACCGAUGGCACGUACUUUUCACCACUGACACAAGCAUGCGAACGAGGCAAUAAUGCAAUAGCCAACUUACUUCUUGAACGAGGUGCGGACGUAAACGCCCAUGAUCGCAGCGGUUUCUCGCCAUUGUUGAAAGCAUGCAAGAAGGGACAAACGUCAAUCGCUCAGCUUUUCCUGAGGUAUGGUGCGAAGGCAAACGGUACUGACGAGGAUGGCUAUUCACCAUUAAUACUCGCAUGCGAGCGGGGCCAUCAAUCUACGGUAAAGCUACUCCUUGAGUUCGGCGCGAAUUUGGAUGCGAUCAACUACAGGGGCCAUUCGCCUCUCACAAAAGCAUGCGAGUAUGGCCAUUUACCGGUAGUUCAUCUGCUGCUUGACAACGGCGCGGACGUCAAUGCGUUCGACGGCAGUGGCUCCUCACCCUUAAUAGAAGCAUGCGCGCAUGGCCACACGCAAGUUGUUCGGUUCCUCCUACGGAUGGGUGCAAAUGUUGAUGUGUUUGACCAAAGUGGCUUUUCUCCUUUGACAAGAGCAUGUGAGCGAGGAUAUCUGUCGUUGGUCCUUACUCUUCUCGAGAGCGGCAUAGAUGUGACCAAGCCCGACAGGACUGGGCAGGCGGCGAUCACCACAACCAAGGAUACAAAUAUUAUUCUGCUUCUUUUGGGGCAUGGAGCAGAUAUUCAUGUGCGCGAUCUCUCUGGAAAUCCCAUCCUGACUCGAGCCUCUCAGAACAACAACUGGAUUCUUGCAACCCGCUUGAUCAAGUUAGGUGCGGACGUCAACGCCGAGAAUAUGGAUGGUCGGACAGCUCUAUUAGAAACCACCGACGCUCGCAUAGCCUCGCUGCUGAUUGACCAUGGCGCUGAUGUCAAUGCGUGCGACAGAUUUGGGAAUACUGCCGUUUUCAGAUCCGUCUGCGAGGGGAAUCAAGCUCUCCUUAGCAUCUUGCUAGUGAAGGGAGCCGAUGUCAAUCGAGUCAAUCUGAUGGGUCGAACGGCCUUGACAGAAGCUCUCAGCACUCGAGGUUCCAUUCCACAGGCCCAUAUUUCGAAUGCUCCACUGUCAAAACCUUUCAAUGACGACAUACUUCGAAUGCUCAUUCGAGGGGGUGCGGACAUCAAUACAUGCGAUGUACAAGGAAAUACAAUCCUGUCGCACGUGGUCACCAACUACGACUGUACUCUUGCCCAAUUCUUACUUGAAAAGGGAGCUGAUGUGACCAUCACAGAUCGAGAUGGUCAAACGGUUUUAUUCAAAGUUAGAGACGCCACAAUGGCCCAACUACUACUUGAACGGGGAGCUGACGUGAAUGCGCGUGAUGCCCUACACCAGACACCGCUGCUCGUCUCGAUAAUAAAAAGGGGAGAUGAAGUUGCCAAAACUCUCAUCGAUCAUGAAGCUGAUGUCAAUGCACAGAGCAAGUAUGGUCUCACACCCCUCAUGCUACUCGCAUGUCGCGUUGCUGGGAUCUUGCCGGAGACGCUUGACGUUCUCCGGCCUAGACAUUGGCUCAAGUAUAGUUUUGAAGACAUGCCGAUGUUGUUCUCCGUCUCGGAUGCAAGAGCGAACGGGACAUUGAAUAGUUUUGUGGACUUCUCAUGGGAGAGGGAACUGGCGAGGCUUCUGGUAUCGCGAGGGGCGAAUGUCAAUAUCUCAACUAGAUUCUCCGAGACGCCUUUACUCAUGGCCAUGACGGGCCGGAUGGAUUAUGAUUUUGUCCUUUUUCUUAUUGAGCAUGGCGCUGAUGUCAAUGUUCGUACCCCUUAUUGGUUGACGCCUUUGCAGCAGGCUAGAAAGAAGGGCAGAUCGGUUAUUGUGGACCUCCUCUUACGGCAAGGUGCAAGUGAGGUUGAAAAUGUCGAUGUGUAA